CCAUGGGCGGGUGUGUGGGCUCCCACCACGACUCCUCGGGCAGCCUCAACGAGAACUCGGACGGCACCGGAGUUGCUCUAGGUCGUAAUCAGCCCUUGAAAAAAGAGAAACCAAAAUGGAAAAGUGAUUACCCCAUGACAGACGGACAGUUGCGCAGCAAGAGAGACGAGUUUUGGGACACAGCGCCAGCUUUCGAAGGCCGCAAGGAAAUCUGGGAUGCCCUCAAAGCUGCCGCACACGCGUUCGAGAGCAACGAUCACGAACUGGCACAAGCAAUCAUUGAUGGUGCAAACAUAACACUACCGCAUGGUGCUCUUACAGAGUGUUACGAUGAACUGGGCAACAGGUACCAGCUUCCAGUCUACUGCCUCGCCCCACCUAUCAACAUGAUAGAGGAGAAGGGCGACCUGGAGACUCUCGAUAUUCCUGAUCCGCCGCCCAAUUCGGGGCACGAAUGCCAGCUCCGUUUGCGCCUGUCCACAGGCAAAGACCUCAAACUCAUGGUCCGCAGCAUGGACACGGUGUAUCACAUGAAGAGGCGGCUGCACGCAGUGGAGGGAGUGGAGCCAGGCAGCCAGCGCUGGUUCUUCUCGGGCAGGCCGCUCGCAGACAAAAUGAAACUGGAGGAGCUGAAAAUCCCAAAGGACUACGUGGUGCAAGUCAUUGUGAGCCAACCCUUAGCAAAUCCAACCCCAGUGGAAAACUGAUUUCUGCUUGUUGAUUCUUCUUUCUUCCGUCUCUGUUGUGGGAUUUUUGUUGACCAUCUUUUUUUUUGUUUGUUUUUUUGUUUUUCGUUUGUCCUGCUAAGGGAUUAGUUCCAAGAAAAUGACCAGCAAAAAUUCCAUCUGUGAUGGAGAUCUGCAAAAACAAAACAUAAAAAAUGUAAACUGUCCUUUGGGGUUUGCCUGAUCUCGUAUUUAACACAACAGCAAGCAACACAAGGCAAGGGCAAAGAAAGGAACGGGAAAGGGAAGGGAGACGAGAGGUGGUGCAGAAAGAGGGGGAAGAGAUUAUCUUUCGCUGAAGCGAUAUAAAUAAGUAAUGAUUAUUAGAA